GCUACUUCCUAAAUGCAUAUGUAGAGAGUUUAUUUAUAUCUGAGACUUUGUAAAGCCUUCCUCACUCCCAAGCUGAUUCAGCCUUUAGUUUCCAAGUAUUUGGAUGGAUCCUGUGAUCAAGCUAUCGCCCUCUGAGGCACAUCCUGAGACAAUAGAUUUUCUUUCUCGCACUUGGUGCAACUUCGCAGUUCAAGCUCUACAGCCGGAGCUACCAGACCAAUCAAUCAUUCUCCUAGACAACUCAAUCAAGAAAUUUGAUUGUGACGUGAAAGCUCCUUUCUCGAAGAUGGAAAAUAGUGUGAAGAUGGAUGACACAGACUUCAAGUCUCUACCACCAUGGAAAUCCAAUGAUGUGAAGUCAUGGAUAUGGAUGCAACAAGCAAUGCAUCCUGAAUUAAAUUACAGCAGUUUCCUGAAGAAACGGUUUUCAUGGAAGAUAGCGCCAUUGAAGACAAUUUCAAUCAAGAAAUGGUUGAAAGAGAUAAAACAAAAGAGAAAGGAAGAAGAUAGACUAGUAAAAGCAGAAGUACAUGCAGCUAUAUCAGUAGCAGGGGUAGCUGCAGCGCUAGCUGCAAUUGCUGCUGAGAACUCCAGAAAAAAUGAAUCUGCUGGAACCACCACUGCCAAGGAAGAAGCUGUCGCUUCUGCGGCGGCUUUGGUGGCCGCACAGUGUGCCCAGGUCGCAGAAGCAAUGGGAGCUAAGAGAGAGCAGCUUAGCAAUGUAAUAGGCUCAGCCAUAAGUGGUACUUCUGCAAGUGACAUUCUAACACUAACUGCAGCUGCCUCUACAUCAAUAAGAGGAGCAACAACUCUUAAAGCAAGAACAGGAAUAUGCAAGAACAGAAUAAACGGGAGUGCACCAGUUCUACCCAUAGAGGAAAACGCGCACCUUGAUUUCGACUUUCACAAAUGUAGAUCAAUGCUUGCCCAUGGUACUCACCUGCACGUUCAUACACCAGAUGGAAAUUUUACUGUAAGAUCAGUGUCUAUUAUCCUAAACAGCCAAUCCAAGGUUAUUCUGCAAUUGAGAAAGCUCAAUUUAUUGAAAAGCAAGAAGGAAAGUACUGUAAUGGAUGUGCAUGCUGAGUUGUAUAAAGAUUCAGAAAAAGCUGAUGAUGAGGAGAAUAAUACAUGCUAUCUUAUCGUCUUAACUACUAAUCAAGGGAUAAUCAAGCUAGACAUGGGAGAUGAUUAUCAUCUUUACAAGACAUGGGCUUCAACCAUUACUCACAUGCUCAUGCUUUCUACUUCUUUUUCAAAUUAUGAGCUUCAAUUCUACAGCAACUGAAGCUACUUUCUGAUUUAUUUUAAAAAAUAAAAAAUAAAAAAAUUGUGAUUUGCUGUCUUAAUUUUCCAUUAUUAUUUUGUACUUUUACCAUGUAAUUACUACCGACUCAAUCUAUAAUUUGUCUCCACAUUUUUUUUAUAGAAAUUUAUUUUAUUCCCUUGUCU